GGCGAGAAGUUCCUCAGAGUUAGUAUGGCAAAAAAUAGCGAAAAAUAUCCCGAAACUGAUCAGAUUGAGGAGAUUUCUGCGGCAGAAGAGAAUGCUUUGUUAGGGCCAGAUGGUACUGGCGAGGAACGUGAUGCUGAAUCAGUUGAAAUAACGAAAGAAGAGCUCGUGAAAAUGAUGACUGAAAUGAACAAGAAUAUGGCGGCCGUGGCCAGUUCUGUUGCUUCGCUGGGAUCGUCCCUUAAAAGAGUUCGCGACGACUCCAGUAGUGACAGCCACCAUAACAAGAAACAAAAAACUGGAAUUGCCCCAAAUAUCGAAGAUGAUCCCCACACAGGCGAUGAAAGCGAUGCUGCCUCAUACAGCGACUCGGCAGUUCUUCGAGCGAUUAUGGCGCCAAAAGACGAUACUCCCAAAUCGAUGGUCGAGUCCUCGGAUUUGCUUAGCCAAAUCGCGAGUGACUAUAACGAUGACGAGGACACGUCUAAUGACAUAACCGAGAAACUUGCUGAGAUUGUCAAUAACCGUUUCUCGGCGCCUUUAGGCGAAGAAAAGCUUAAACAAAAGCUGGGGCAGUACUUACGCCCAAAUAACUGCGCUAAGCUCCCAGUCCCGAAGGUUAAUCCUGAAAUAUGGAUGAAACUGAACCGCUCGGCUACAAGACAAGACCUUCAAGUAGCCAGUAUACAACGAGUCAUUGUAAAAGCCGGAACAGCUUUAACACAGUUAGCUGAAAUAUUGCUAACAAAACCCGCCUCAGGCACUUCUGGUCCUGAUAUAGGCAAGCUUUUAACAAUGAAUGCUGAUGCUCUGGCGUUGCUUGGUCAUGCUACUCAUCAAUUGUCUAUGCACCGAAGGCAGGCCAUUAAACCAUCCCUAAACAAAGAAUAUGCAACCCUUUGUUCACCACAUGGACCUGUAACAGAGUUCCUGUUUGGUGAUGAGCUUCAGUCUCAACUCAACAAUAUCAAAGCUUCAAAUAAAAUUGGUAACACCAUGACCAAUUCAGGCUCCCCAAGACAACCUGCAAAAGGCAAAGAGCACUGGACAAAUAAAUCUAGGGGUUCUUUUUUGGGGAGACAGGGGGGCAGGCAGGACCGUCCCCCAUACAAACAGAAGCAGUGGAGAAAGAACAAAUCUUAACCAGACUUACUACAGUACAGCAUACUCCCGAAGGUUUUACAAAAGAUUCAAUCGGACAAGGCCACAGGACUGUUAGUUAUCCCGAAGUGGCCAACUCAAUCUUG